AUGAUAAAGACAAAAAAAGUUACACGUUUUUCUCAAAAUAAACCAAGCUGGAAAGAUAUCGAAAACCAAUUUAUAGCUACUUUUCCCCUGAGAGGAAUUGGAAUUGCACAAUGGUCCAAAAGUGAAAGAAUAAAAAAUGAACGCAACUAUAUAGAGGCUUGUGAAAGGGCUGAAGUUAUAUCAACAUUGUUAAAGACAAAGAAAUUUGACGAAGAGUAUGAGAAAGAAAUUUUUGAAUUCAUAACAUACCCCGACGUAUUUACCUUUACACAAAACAAUGAACAUAUAUAUGUUCAAAAAGACGAAUUAAAAUUUCAUUUGUUAAAGACAUCUGAAGGAAUAAUAGAAGCCAAACUGACGUGUUUGCUCUUGGCGCACAAGAACAUCAAAACUCUUUGUCUGGAGGAGCCUGAUCGAGGAAUGCACCCUCAAAUGAUUGAACGGUUAAAGACAGUGUUGUGCAGAGCAGCAUAUAACAAAACAAUUAUUGUUGUGACACAUAGUCCCAUUUUUAUUGACAAUGUUACCUUCAACAACACGCACGUUUUUUUUCGACAGAAAAGAAAAGACGAUUUAAACAAUUGUUCACUAAAAAAAGUAAGGAUCAGAAGUUCGGAACUUUCAAACUUGUCCGACAUUGAAAUAAUCCGAAGUGUGUUGUUCGCAACCAAAGUUUUAUUGGUAGAAGGAGUAACCGACAGAGAAGUAGUGCAAGGUAUUUUUACCGAGUACAAAAAAAAGCAUCAUGGAAACAUAGGGAGAAAGAUAGGAGAAUUCAAAAGGGACAUAACGACAUAUCAAGUUGUUUCUGUUAACGGUUGCCAAAAUAUCCAAAGGGUACGGAAUUUCUGCGAGCAUAUUCAUCUAACAUGCUUGUGUUUAAUGGACCUUGACACAAUUGUCCAUUGUGAAAUUGUCAAAAUGUUAAAUGUCCCGUGUAAAACGUAA